UCUUUCAUUUCAACCACCUCAUUCUCUCAAUUCAACUCUCUCUCUCUCUCUCUAAUCCAAGUGGGAUUUCGAUUUUUGAGACUCUUUGCUUAUCUCUCCUGGUUGUUCUUGUUCAGAUCUUCUUUUGCUUCUCUUUUCAGUGGUUAAUUAAGGUUUUGCUUUUGGUAAUCAUGGCUAGUUUGGAGGCUCAACGAUUACUUGAAGUUGCCAUUCUCGAUUACUUGUCUAAAAGAGGUUUCAAUCAGAUUGGUGAGACAUUCUCCCGCGAAAUUCAUGGUAAUCAAAAUCAUGUUGCUGUUAAUUCUCCCCAUGAAGACUUUCUGCAAGUGUGGUGGGGUAAAUUUUAUGAAAUAUUUAGCUCUAGGUUCCUUGGCGUUCCUUUAUUCGCUGCUGAAUCCUUUGAUAAGGUGUUACCCGUGGACCUUUUCUAUGGCCUGCUCAUAUUUAACUGAUAUGAAAUAAUUGCGAACUAAAUGUUUGAUUUCUAAAUUCUUAGGUUGCACAAACAGUGGAAAAUGUUGUGUCUAACGCUUUUCCUGCUUCACCGGAACUUUCUGAUGCGGGUUUGUUUAUACUUUAGCUUUAAAUAUUUUGCAUUUAGUUUAUAUAAUUUUUUGCCAUUUGCAUUGAUAAUGUGGGAUGUUUGAACACUAAGACAAUUUGCGAAUGCUUAUAGCAUAAACAAUCCAUUAGUAGGAUAAAUGUGCAUAUAUUGAAGAGGACUUGCUCACUUUUAAGGUGUAACAAAUUAUAAAUUUCUUUUAUUUUGGAUUAUUGUUGUAUAUAUCAACCACAAACUUCAAAAUCAUCAAAAUAGUGUGGGUUCCAUU